AUGCUGAUUGGCUGGCCACGGAUGGCCCUUCUCUACUUCAGUUCAGGAAUCGGCGGAAAUCUCGCCAGCGCCAUAUUCGUUCCUUAUAAUGUCAAUAUUCAUCACUUAUUAUUUUCAACAAAAAUGACGCUAACAAUUUUUAGUGAAAAAUAUCCGAUAAAUUCUUCUCUCAUCACUUGGUUCGAGAUUUCAAGGACCCUUUUUGACCGAAAAUUCUAGGUUAAAAGCCGACUAUUUUUACUAUUUCAAGGUAUUAGUUGAAAUUUUUGAAAGCUUUUCAACUCUCCCGACUAUCGUUAAAAUGUUAAUUCAAACUUCAAAAGGCAGUCCAGACCUAGACAUUUUUUCUAUGGAGUUCUCUACUGUUUCAGCCUGAACUCGGCCCUUCGGGAUCGCAUUUCGGUCUGCUGGCAGCUCUUCUGGUCGACCUCUACCAUCAUCGGUCGAUCAUUGAAAACUCCGGAAGGGGAUUCGUCUACUACGGCCUCAUUCUCUGCUUUCUUUUCCUCGCCGGAGCUCUUCCCUACGUCGACAAUUGGGCUCAUAUCUUUGGCUUCAUCUUCGGCCUCUUGGUCACGAUAAGUGAGUUUCAUCGAGAAAAGUCAGCAAAAAGAGCUUUCCGAGUAUUAAAUUAAGGAGAAAGUGAAAAUCGAAGUUUUUUUUUUUGGAAGACAGACUUUUUGGGAUAUUUUUAUCCGGUCUACCUUGCGAAAGACUAAAUGAUGAUCAUGGCAGCACGUGGAAUGGUUUGAAGCGUUGUGAAAUCAGAAUUACCUUCUUUCAAUUAUAAUUCAUCUGUGAACCUCAGCAAACCAUUUCGAUCUAAAUUUUUAGAAAGAUUUAUUUUCAUUGAUUAGGUCUCACAGGAAUUAAUUUGAAACGCUCGUCCAAGAAAAAAAAAACCUCUUUCAGUCACCUUCCCCUACCUGGACUUUCACGAACAAGAGCCUUCGAAAUCGGAGACUUCGACGACGGAGCUUCUGACGCCGCCGUACGGCCAGAGAAUGACGCCUUCUACGCCAACGUUCGCCUACGGAGGUGUCAUCGUUGACAUCAACGGAACGCCGGAAAGUCCAGGGACCCUCGUCGACUUCUACAAGGCCGUCAAGUGCCUCCUGGCCACUGCCAACCGAAGAACUGUUUGUCGAAGAAAAAUUACGCAUUCUAAUUCUUGGUCUUCAGAUUGCCGUCUUUUUGUCGUCGGUAGUACUCGUCGCACUUUUUCUCACGCUCUCCUAUGUCUUCUUCGCAAAUAAGGAGGUAUGGAUCGUUAGUAAACCUUUGCAGACGUUUUCCAUGGCUUUAAAUAACGCGGAAAGCUAGUUUUUGUCAAGGGAGAAUUGAAGCACGUUUUCAGCGACACAGGACUUAAUUUUUUCACGGAAAUAAUUUUUCUCUUCUAAUUUUCGUAUACCUUGAAAAGUAAAAUGAACGAAAUCUAUGAAAUGGAUUCCAAGAGGGAUUCUUAUCAAGAAUCCGAAAAAAGGAAUUUUUGUGAACGUGCUCCGAAGAUAAAUUGAAUCGCAAAGAAUUGAACUCGGACCCCUCAGGGAAACCGGACGCGCCCUGGAAGCCUUUCUAGUAAUCACUCAAAAACGCUGAUGUCCCAAAAGGGAUCACUAAAAUGCUCUGAAACGGCCGGUUUGCGUUAUACCAAGGCCCGAGAACUGAUCAAUGUCUAGUUCUCUUCAAACCAAAACGUGUCGAGCCAUUCCAAAUGCGACCGGCGUGUUUCAAAUCUUAUCUUUCGACCAUUUCUUUUUUCAUAAUUGUAGCUGCAAUUCGUUGUUUCAAAAGAUAAUUUCGUUUGAAAGAAUCUCAGAAAUCCAAAAAAGAUUUAUCCGAUUCAGGUCGAUUGUCCGUGGUGCUCCUACUUCAACUGCAUCAAUGUUUUUGGCUGGGACCACUUUUGUGAUAAUAACGGCCAAGAACUCACUAAAAUGCUCCCUAUAUGA